GCCUGCCACUGCCUGACUGAACCUGACCUCAACUCCGCUCCAGGCCAGGGCCUUUGGCAUAGUCCUCUACUUUGCUUUUUCAGUCUCAGCUCACCUCCAGCACUCGCCAGCACCGCAACACCCAGAUGUUGAGCGGUCGUCUCGGAGCUUCCGGCAUCGACACCCUCCAGGCCCGGGUACCACGGCGUGGUACAACCAUCCAUCGCCAUGGCGACCGCGAUACCACCGCACCCGACCUCGCAGACCAUCAACGCGCUGCUCGUGAAGCUCGGAGAUGCCGACCCAGACUUCAGGUUCAUGUCGCUGAACGACAUCCUCACCGUCCUGGACAUCGGCAAACCCGACAUUCUGCACAACGACUACAACGUAGCCGCGCGCACCGUUGAUCACCUGGUUAGGGCACUGGAUGACCAGAACGGCGAGGUGCAGAAUCUAGCAAUCAAAUGUCUUGGUCCGCUCGUCGUCAAGCUGCCGACCCAGGCGAUCGGCCCUCUGAUCGAGAAGCUCUCGACUAUGAAGCCUAAGAACUCGGUCGACAACACGGUCCCAUCGCUGGCCAUCCGAGCCGUUAUUGCCGCGCUCCCACGGCCAACCCCCGGAGUCACCUCCGGGUUCGAUAAGAGUGUAGUAGAUGCCUAUAACCCAAUCAGCCGCGUCUUGAUCCCUCGCCUCCUCGGCAAGUCGACCCAGACGCCGAAGGCUCCCGCAGCCAACCUCCGACUUCCCCCCUUUGGCGAGGGACUCCUUGACCCCAACGCCAUGAAUCCCGAGGCCGUCGACGUGCUGAUCGAGCUUGUCCACUGCUUCGGUCCCAUGCUGGCAUCAUACGAGGUCGAGGCACUCCACGAAGGCGUAGUCACUCUGCUGGACAAUGACGUACCCAGCUUCACUGUCAAGAAGCGGGCCGUCGUCGCCAUCUCCAUCCUUGCUGUCUACGCGCCCGACACGGUCCUCGACAGCUUUGUUCAGCGGGCUGUCUCGAUUUUGGGCAGCCAGGAAGCGGCAAGGACGACACGGCGACUGUAUAUUACCAUUCUCGGCUCUAUGGCGCGCUCAAUUCCCCAUCGAUUUGGCCGUCAUUUGCCAGUCGUGGCGCCCUUCAUCCUGUCCACCCUCGGGGAGGACGAGCUCCAGGAACAUCUCGAGCUUGUUGGCGAGGGCACGGAUGUCGGGACCGAGUUCAACGACAUCAGGGAGGCGUCUCUUGUGGCGCUCGAGUCGUUCCUGUCCGCUUGCCCCGUGGAGAUGCGAUCCUUCACCGAAGACUGCCUCAGCUCCACCCUGCGGUAUAUCAAGUACGAUCCCAACUACGCAUCAAACGACGACGACGAUGACGAAAUGGGCGAUGAAGACGACGAAGACGACGGCAUGGAUGGUCUGGAGGACGACGAUGAAUUUGACACCGACUAUGGCUUCGAAGACGACGACGAUGCGAGCUGGAAGGUGAGGCGCUGCGCCGCCAAGGUCAUCUACACCCUGAUUGCCACUCGGAGUAAUGGGGAUCUGUUGGAUAACGGCGUCCUCUACAAGGCCGCCGCCUCCCUCGUUAAGCGGUUUGACGAGCGUGAGGAGAAUGUUCGGCUGGAGGUCAUCUCGGCUCUCGCUUUGCUUGUGCGCAAGACGGGCGAAGGCCAUAUCCCCGAGUUCUCCCUCGACAGCAGUCAGAAUGACUAUAUUAGCCAACUUCCAAUGAGCCGCAAGCGUCGCCGACAGAGCAGCGGUGGGGGCGCCGCAGCCAUUGCCAUUUCCGCAGGCUCGGCGGCGGCACUGUCUGGCACUGGCCUCACUUCGCCAAUCCUGGAGAAGGUGCCGGCCUCGGGCCCUCGCGCAGACCUCGCCAAGCUGACACCCGCAAUAGUGAAGUCGGGCACCAAGCUUCUGAAAGGAAAGCUUCUCUCAACUAAACAGGCUGUCAUAAACCUGUUUGACGAUAUAAUCAAAGUGCAAAGCGGUGGCUUGUCAGGAUACCUCGACCAGAUCAUGGGCCCCAUCAUCGAAGCAGUCAAGCCCUCCACGCCAUCGGGCACGUCGGCUGGCCUGCUGACCACUGGAGGCAACGCUUCGGCAACACCCGUGACCCUCCGCGUCGCUGCCCUCAGGCUCGUUAGCGACAUUGCCAAGACACACUCGUCGCAGCUUCUCCAGCCAUAUCUCACAAGGAUAGUUACAUGCGUUGUGGCAGUGGUCAAGGACCGUUUCUACAAGAUCUCGGCGGAGGCGAUCCAGACGGCGGAAGAAAUUGUUAAGGCCAUCACCCCACCCCGUUCACUCAAAACGGCUGGCAAGUUCAAGGGGGAACUCCGCAAGCUCUACGAUAUCAUUAUCGACCGCAUGGUCGCAAAUGACGCAGACACCGAGGUCAGGCAAAAGGCGAUCCACGCUCUGGGAACUCUGCUGUCCCGAACAUCGGCCGAAGGCGCAGACCUACUGCCAGUUAGCGAGCGCGCCGCCGCCCUCAAGUAUCUUCUGGAGCGCCUCAAGAACGAGACCACUCGACUGUCGGCGGUUCGCGCCAUCGACGGCGUAGCUGCAUCGGCCUCAAAAGACGUGCAGUUUGAACCCGAAUGGACACAAGAGGUCGUUGUUGAGCUGUCGUCGCAGCUUCGCAAGUCCAACCGUGCCCUGAGAGGAUCUAGCAUCCAGGCCUUGAGCCAUCUGACGCACUCCGAAUCUGCCCGCGCCCAUCUCGGCGACGAGACGAUAACGGCCCUCGUCAGCCACCUUCAGCCGGUCAUCACAAACAACGACGCCCACUUGCUGAGCCCUGCUCUUCACAUUCUCGCAGAUCUUGUGCGGAGAAACCCGCAGCUGGUUAUUACACCGCAGACGAUCACCGCUAUAUGCGAGUUGCUUCAAUCGACAAUAGCGGCCUCUGUCUUGGAUCCCCUCCUGAGCCUGGUGACUUCGGUGGGGCAGAGCGGGGUGGGCGGCCCAUUGAUGGCAGGAAUCCUCAAGAAUGUCGGCAUUGGCGGAGACCCAGUGGUUGUCGGAAAGGUCAUUGGAAAUCUCCUGGUCGCAAGUGGUGACUCUGCUGGCGUCACGCUGGACAGCUUCGUUUCCGAGGUGCAGACGUCAAGUGAGGACCAGGCGAGAGCAAGCCUCGCGCUUGCGGUUCUUGGAGAGGCGGGCCUGCGUCUCGGAGCCCGCUCGCCGCUCACGCCAGACAUCUUCCUGAAGCAGUUUGGAAAAGAUUUCGACAAGGUCUCUAUUUCGGCCGCUGUCGCGCUCGGCCGAGCCGGCGCCGGCGACGUUGCCCAGUAUCUCCCAGUCAUCCUGCGGGGCAUUGAAGGCGAUGGACCCCAGCAGUACCUUCUGCUGCAGUCUGUCAAGGAAAUCCUGCAGCAGGUUUCCGUCUCGCAGGCCGACAUCGGCAGCUAUCUGCCCGAGAUUUGGAAUCAUCUGCUUGGUGCGUCUAAAGUCGAAGACAACAAGGCCGUCUCCGCAGAAUGCAUUGGGCGGCUGGCCAUUAUCGCGCCACAAGAAUAUGUUCCUAAGCUGCAGAGCCUGCUGCAGGACAGCUCAUCUGAUCUGCGAGCCAUUGCAGUUCAGUCAUUGCGUUACACGCUACCUGAAAGCGGAGAUGUCUUCGACGCGAUCAUCAAGGAGCAUCUGGUGGAUAUGCUCGUGCUGGUGCUUCAGGACAAAGAGCUUGAAAUUCGCCGCCUAUCCAUGACGGCACUGAACUCUGCCGCACACAACAAGCCGGACCUUAUUCUUGCGCAGCUUGGCCAGCUCCUGCCGUAUGUGAUCAACGAGUCGGUGAAGAACAAGAACCUAGUCCGAGAGGUCCAAAUGGGCCCGUUCAGGCAUACCGUGGACGAUGGCCUCGAGGUUCGCAAGAGCGCGUACGAGACUCUGUACGCCCUCAUGGAGACGGCAUUCCUCCGCCUCGACGUCAUUCAGCUUUACGACCGAAUCAUCGACGGCCUGAGCGACGACAACGAUAUUCGAGCAUUGUGCAAUCUCAUGGUGUCCAAGCUCGUCUUCCUUGCCCCCGAGGAGACGACGAGGCGGCUCGACAGCAUUGCAGCGGCUUUCCGCCACACCAUGGCCACCAAGCUCAAGGACAACGCUGUCAAGCAGGAGAUCGAGAAGCAGAAUGAGGCGAACAAGAGCGUACUUCGUGUCAGUCUCUUGCUCGGGGAGAAGCUCCCGGCUAGCCUCGCCAGUGUAUCCGGGGUCGGGGCACCAGGUACCCCCGGCGUUGUCAGCACAGUGUGGAACGCGUACUGGGACUCGCUCAACAAGGAUCACAAGGCGGUUCUCAAGGAGCUGAGAGAGGAGAACUUGACGUUCAAAGAGAUGGGCGGCCAGGCGAGUCUCAUCUAGUGCGUCUUGAUUUAAAUCUUGCGCGAUGCUCGGUAGGACUAGGUGUUGGGGGGUUGUUUUGGGCGAACUGGAUCUUGAUCUUUGAAGACAGCGAGAAUAUUCCCGUAUCCACCUGGUUGGUGGGUUGUCCAUACAGAAAUGACGCAAGAAAAUGAGAAGGAUUCGGAGUAGGAGAAUUUAAUAUUCAGUACUCGCGUCGCAUUCGUUGGCUUGCUUUGCUUCGAAUGUGAUCUAGCUGGGGGCUGUUUACGGAAGUGUUUCUCGAGGGACUGUGGGAUGGUUGCUGCUGACUUUAGCCAAGGGAAGGCAGGGUGUCGGUACUUGAUUGCGGGCUCAUGCGUUCAAGCCCGUACCUUUUUGGACUUGUCUAUGGCGAGAACCGCAGGCGGGCGCGCCGAACCGGUCCUUGGCAAGGCUCUGGGUUGGAAAAGACCAGAUAGUGGUGGACAGCCAGCGGGAAAAAAACCGGCAACGUUUGGAGGUGGACGGAGGAGGAACGGAGAGCAGUACAUGGAUGUUUGUCGCCGAGGGGGCCAUGGAACGGGUGGCAUGCGCUAAAAUCACAAAAAUUACAUUUAUGGAAUCCUGAAUAUGGCAGCAGUGGCUGGGACGAUAGUAUUGAGGGAGGGAGAGAGAGAGGGACGAGUGAGGCUUAGGACAAGGGGAGGAAAGAAUAUGAUUAAAUAAAAAGCAACACGAAGGCGGUGUAGUAUUUCCCA